UUUCAGAACGACUAUACAACGGACGAAUUAGAAAAAUAAAGCAGUACUUUUCAAUGCGUGAGCUAUAAGAGGUGUGCUGUGAGAAGAGGGUCAAAAGCGCUUGUCUCACGGCCAAUGCGUGAGAGGUGGCAGGAUAAUUUAUGAUAGAGCCAUAUUGUUGACCAGAAAGCAGGGAUUGCACCCCUAGCAACAGACCAACGAACAAAGACACAAAGACGGAAGCUUAUUUUAACAAAGUCAUGAGGAAUAAGAUUUGGACAUGACAAGAAACAAUGUGACAAACUGGAGCUGUACUGCACUACUCGAACAACACUCCUAAAAAAGUCCAUACAGAACAACUUACCUGAUAUGUGAUGCCUUAUGCUGCCACACCUUGCCACAGGAAUGCUCAGCCUUCUCAGGAAGAUUAUAGCACAGAACAACUGGUCACGAUAAAAACCUGUUUUCCUUCAUUGUUAAAACACUGCUGUUAUGGCUGGCAAAGUAAUAUUAACCCUUCCCAAGGCUGGGGGGGGUGGAAUUCCACUGGAGAGUGAAUUCAGGGACUCACUCUCAUUUCUAGAUGUCUUGAGUGCAAAUGAGUUUGAAGGAGAGCAAAUCGACCCAGCAGUUGCAUUGCAGACGGAGUCUGAUUUUUACAAGGGAACCCCACCCAAAUGGAUGAACUUUUACCUGGCUGAUGAGAAGGCAGACUCUGAUAGCAGUGCCACACAUACAGAAAAAGGAAAGGCUGUUGGUAUUAUCAAGAGGGAAGGCUAUGAGGAACUUAGGGAGCAGAUUAUGGUACAUCGACAGAGCCACUGGAGCACAAACACCAUUAAUCUUCAGCAUGAGACAGGCAGUGGGGGGACCACCCUGGCCAUGCAGGUACUCUGGGACCUCAGGAAACAGCUCAGGUGUACUGUUCUGGUCAACCCUUCAACUGACAAGACGUUUAAUGCCAAACAAGCACAGAAAGACCUCAGUUUAGAUACUAAGGCAAUUGCCAAACAGGUGAUAAGACUUUUUGAAACAGGUGGUCCAGAAAAACAGAACACUGUGCUCCUCUUGCAGGACAACGAACACCUGAAUAAUUCUCUACAGGACAGCCUCACCAGAGAAAUAAAAGAGCAAAAUAUACAUGCUAAGUUCCCUGUGGUCAUUAUCAUACAUUGCAUGCGCAAGGUCAGCCUUGGUGAAAAUGCUGAUGGGAAGACUAAAGAGGAAGAAAGAAGACACCAAAUCCAUGAAAGGACCAAAACCAAAAAAGAGACCAAGACCAAAAAAGAGACCAAGACCAAAAAAGAGACCAAGACCAUAGUCGUCCUCAGAACUCAACUGUCAGACUCCGAGAAAGUCAGCUUUGAAAACAAAGAAGAGGAGCUGCGAAUGUACCAUGGACAGAAACUAAUCAUGUUUUACAGCUUUAAUAUAAUGCAAUCUGACUUCAGUAAAGCAUAUGUGAAAGAAACACUUAGUUCAGAAAAAGGAAUGAAAAUCAUUUCAUUUGUGAAGGCAAACAAAACAUCCCGCAAAACCAAACUUUUUGCAUUUCUUGUGCUGCUAAAUUCCUAUGUUCCUGGCUCCUAUCUGUUGCAGUCACAGUGUGAGUCAUUCCUCGGGCAUCCAGACUCUUUGGAUGUGGGGGUCAUACAGCCUUUCAGCGAUCUCAUGGUGGCAUUCUCUAGGAAGAAGGGAGAGGACAAACAUGUUCACAUGGCACACUCACUCAUAGCUCAUCAAUGUGUUGAGUUAUUGGCCGAGGCUGGUGUGACCAGGAGCGAGACAAUACUGGACUUUCUGAAGUUUGUAGCCAAAGCUGAAAUCCAGCUAUCCUUGUUCCAGUACUUCAAAGACAUGCUAACUAAGAGGGAAACGACCCCAGAGGGACAGGAUAUGUUUUCCAGAUUGAUCCAAGAUAUUGAGUACAAAGAAGGCAUUCACACUUGUUUAACUGUCUUGAAAAAUGCAUCAGAUACAUUCAUGCUUGAUCCGUUUUACCCCCAAGCUCUUGCUCGCUUUUACUACAUCAAAGUGAGGGACUAUGACAAAGCUGAGAAGGAGGCUAUAGAGGCUAAAAGGAGAGAGCCCACCAAUUCAUUCAUUGCCGAUACACUGGGACAAGUACAUAAGAAUAAUUUGAAGACCAAACCUGUGCAAUCAUGUGCAAAGUACACUUUGUUCUAUGCAGAAAAGGCCAUCAAGGCCUUCAAACAGGAGGAAGAGAUGGCUGAAAAAGAUAAGGGAACUGGCAUAGAAGAUUACAGCAUCUUUAACAAUAGGGGGCACUUUGGCUUUUUGCAGGUUGCGAACACUAUUUUUUAUUCCCUUACCAAGAUCACCCAAACAUGGAAAAGUCUCCUCACCCAGGAAACGCCAGCAGAACAUCUUCCUCAACUAUUUAAAGAUAGAAAACUUGAGAAGUACAAGCCUCUCCUCGCCAGUCUCAGAGAUGAUGUUGAAAGGAAAUGGGAGUUUUUUGAGAGAUAUCUCACUUACUCUGAGCCCAGUACCUUAAGGGACCAGCCACCAUACUUUCAUCGAGAUAUCAAUGAUUGCUAUACGAAGUACACGAGUACACCCAGACGGUUCCAUGCACAGAAACCAGGGGGAGUACAGUUUCAGAAACUUCAAGAGAAAAAGGCCUCUACCUUUCCUGGACUGCUCUCCUGUGUCAAUCAAAACACCAGUAAGUCUGAGUUGCAACACGUCACAGAAUUGUGGAGAACUAUCUAUGAUCAAAAUGAAAAACGUGGCAAUGUGAACAUUGUCUGUAAUUACAUCCUGGUCAACAUCAUCCAGACCAACGGGCCAGUGACAUUUCCAGAACCCACAAUUCUACCACAACUAAGAGCCAUUCUUCAGAAGUUCAUGAACGAAGACAAUGGAGAACUCUGGACCCCAGAGUUUUACCUCCUUGUCCUGCUGCUGUUUUGGCCUGAGGAAGCAAGAGAGGAGGAUGGCACCAACGACAUUGACUUCAACAUGUAUGUUGGGCUUAUGAAAUGUGCAUAUAACAACAAAUACAAGAAGUAUCUUCGAUCCAGAAAACUUGUGUCCCUGUUCUACCUGGGAAAGGGUGACGGUUUGAGAAGACUUGUUUUCAAAUUAAAAAAAGACAACCAAUGUGAACAGUCUGAGACGGAGGAGAAACCAGGGCAGAGUUUUCAAAACCAACUUCUUCGUGUCAAUGGAGUGGUCAGAGAGAAUAAGGCAUUUGUCCAUAUUGCAGACAAAGAGAUUGAGAUUUGUCCCAAAAUUCAGGCCAGUGUGUGGAAGGAUGGCAACAUCUCAUUUUACCUUGGCUUCAAUAUCAGUGGCCCUGUGGCUUUUGACAUAAAGUACACAUUACACACAGUAGGAUCCGAAGCAAAUGUUCAGAAACAAUUGGAUGAUACCAUUGGAUCAGAGGGAACGAUGAUAGAAGAAUCAAAAACAUUAGAUCAAGGGAUUCCAAUGGGCUGUAAGACUUGUAGACACAUUCCGGACUCCACAAAUUGGCUUCAGGUUAGACCAUCAGUCUCCAUGGAAGGAGGAGAGAAAAUGUACAGGUAA